UGGAACCCAAUGGCCCGCCUCCUCAAAGCGGCCGAGAAGCGACAACUCGGGGAUCCCCCGCAUAAAGGAAUCGCGCAGCCCCUUGAAGCCGCUCGUCCUUCCUCUGCCGGCGGGGGAACUCACGGCCACUGCUUCUCGGCGGGCCUCCGCUUCCUCGGAAUCGGACUUUGGAGACUGGCUCGAUUUUUGAUUUUUUACUUUUGCACGAACCUUUUUUUUCCUGCCUGCCUGGCUGAGAAAACCUGAGAAACGCGAGGCUCUUGAGGUUUGGGGGGGGCGGUGGGUUUUCUUGGCAAGCCCUUUUUGCUUUAGCUCGGGCCAGCCCCAUUGCCCAGCCUUUGGAGAUGAUGGCCGGCCUGGCACCCCUUGCCAGGCUGCUGCUGGUGGUGCUGCUGGACUUCCUCGCUCUCCACAUGGCAUGGCGGGCGCUGAGCCCCCCACCUUGGGGGAAGCCCCUGGUUGUCUCCUGGGGGGCGGCCCUGGGGCGAUGCGGGAUGCUGAGCCUCUCGGCUUAUGCCACCGCUGGCUCCCCCGGGCACGGCCUCCCCCGGGCGCUCAGAGAUGCCCUCUUCCCCGUGGCUGCCCUCCUGAGCUUCUUGGUGCCCACCUACACCACCUUGCGGCACCUCCUGCCCUCCCUGGGGGAGGCCCCCGAUCUGGUCCAUGGCUGGGGCAGGGCCGAUGUUUUUGCCCUCAACUAUGGCAUCGUGGGCGCGGUGGCCCUUCUGUGGCAUCAUCUCCUCCCUCCCGGGCAGGGAAAGAUGCCCAAGAAACCAUCGGCAUCACUCCGGCGCCUCCUGUCCAGCAUGAGGCCAGAGGCGCUGCGGUUUCUGCCCAUCCUGGUGUUGCUGGUGCUCUCCUCCUUGGGUGAGAUGGCGAUUCCUUACUACACGGGACGGGUGACCGACUGGAUUGUGACCGAGGCCGGCUCUUCGGCCUUUAAGAAGGCCCUGUUGAUUAUGUCACUGCUGACCGUGGGCAGUGCCGUGGCAGAGUUUCUCUGUGACUGCCUUUACAACGCCACCAUGAACCGCUACCACGCCCGCCUCCAGAGUUCUGUCUUCAGAUCCAUCCUCCACCAGGAGAUCGGCUUCUUCCAUGUGAACCGGACAGGGGACAUCACUUCCCGAAUUACAACCGACACCGACGCCAUGAGCGACACCCUCACAAGCGACUUGAGCCUGCUGAUGUGGUACCUGCUGAGGGGGGUCUUUCUCUACGCGAUGAUGCUGUGGCUCUCGGUGCCCCUCGCCUUGUUCGUUACGGCAGCCUUGCCUUUCAUCCUCCUGAUCCCAAAGCUCUCUGGGAAGUUUCACCAGAACCUGGCUCACCAAGUUCAGGAAUCUUUAGCCAAAGCCAACGAAGUGGCUGUGGAGACCUUUCAGGCCAUCUCCACCGUGCGCAGCUUUGCCAAUGAGGACGGGGCGGCUCGGCGCUAUGAGGAGAAGCUGCAGGAGACCUACAGGCUCAACAAGUGGGAAGCCUUCGCCUAUGCUGCUUCCAUGUGGACUAGUAACUUCUUGGGACUGGCUCUCAAAGUGGGGAUCCUCUACUAUGGAGGGCACCUUGUCACCCUCGGGAAAGUGAGUAGCGGGCAACUGGUGACUUUCCUCCUGUAUGAGAUGGACUUCUCCACCGUGGUGCGGGUCCUCCUCGACUUUUACCCUCACGUACAAAGAGCAGUGGGUUCCUCCCAGAAGGUUUUUGAAUAUAUCGACCGAAUUCCCGAGAUCAACUCUUUGGGCACGUUGGCCCCCGAGGAUUUACAGGGACACGUUGUCUUCAAAAAUGUCUCCUUCUCUUAUCCUAACAAGGAUAAUUCGCCAGUGCUGAAGGGGGUAUCUCUGGAGCUCAGGCCUGGUACAGUGACUGCCCUGGUCGGUCCUUCCGGGGCAGGGAAGAGCACCGUGGUGGCCCUGUUGAAGCGAUUCUAUGAACCCCAGGAAGGCCAAAUAUUGCUGGACAGCAAAACACUGGGUGACUAUGAGCAUCAUUUCUUCCAUCAGAAGGUGGCGCUAGUGAGCCAGAGGCCCGUGCUCUUUGAUCGCUCCUUGCACAGCAACAUUGCUUACGGUUUGGGAGAGAGGAGCCGGAAGGAGGUGAUGGAGGUCGCUCAGCGUGUAGGAGUGGAUCAGUUCAUCGCCAAACUGAGCCAUGGCUAUGACACAGAUGCUGGGGACACAGGGGGCCAGAUCUCAGGUGGACAACGGCAAGGGAUCACUAUCACACGGGCUUUGAUCCGAGACCCUAAAGUGCUUAUCCUGGAUGAUGCCACCAGCGCCCUUGACACAGAGAGUCAGCAGCAGAUGGAGAAAGAAAUCUAUGAAGGGAAGGAUCGCAGCAGGCGUUCUGUGCUGCUCAUUUCUCACCGCCUGCGCAGCGUGGAGCGUGCCGAUCUCAUCCUGGUUAUGGAGGACGGGGAGAUCCGGGAAAAGGGGACCCAUGAAGAACUGAUGGCUAAGACGGGGGCCUAUUGGCAACUGGUGAAAAGACAACAGAAUGGGGGGUGAGCAGCAACACCCCCCAGUGCGAACAGCAGGCAUAUUUAGUUGGAGACUUGAAUUAGCUGAAGACCCUGGUGUCACUCUCUUCCGAUUUGGCAGGGUUGAUGGAACUAUGAUGUCAGUCUCCACAUCCUGGGCUAAUGUAAAUACACUCUUCUUUCAUGACUUCUCAGUACUUUGUUGCUACUUUAGCCAAGGCAUCUCAGUCCCCUGCCACCCUUCUGCCAGACAGGGACUGCCACCCCUCUGCCAGACACCCUUCUGCCAGCGAUAGGGACUUCUGAUCCCAUGUGCCACACCCUCCUUGGGCUGCCUUGUUCCUUCUGAGCUCAGCUACAAUAGCUGGGAAAGAAUAUGGUUUUCUGAGUUGUCGUAAGUGGCUUCUCUUGCAGUCCAAAGUAGCUGAGGCCAUUUGGUGCCAAAGGGACUGUUAGGAGCCGUUGGUUUUACAAAAGACCUGCGCCUUGUUUGUUUAGAUGGACUGAUCCAGUUGCGGGCCAUUUUGGACCCUCUUUUUUGGGCCGUGGUUCUGGGGACUGCCCUGAUGACAGCCUGCUGUUCCAAAGUUGCCACUGACACCCGUGGGAAGAGAAU